AUGGCUCCAGACGGCAAGGACAAUGCCGACUGGGCGGCUGAGAUCAACGGCGGCCGGGACGAUGACGAGGCGCUGCGCGUGGCGAUGGCUCUGUCGCUAGGGCAGGAGCCGGGUCCGCAGCGGUCCGUUCCUGGGGGUACAGGGGGCGGGGUGAUUGACCUAACGAAGGAUGAUGGGGAGGAGGAGCAUGGUGGUGGCGAUGGUCGUGGUGGUAGUGGCGGCGGCGGCGGCGGUGGGCCGCGCCUUCGUGAUGAGAAGUCGGGCAGCCGGGAAGUCGGGGCUGGCGCUGUUGACCCACGAGGGGGCGAGGAGCCGACGUCGGAGCGCCGACAGCCCGCUUCGACUUCCUCUUCGACUUCGACGUCGGGCAUGGCCGGUCUGGCUGGUCUCGACAGGAGGAAGAUGGAGGAGGAACGGCUUGCGAGGCUGAGCAAGCGGAAGGCAUCCGGGCUCGACGCCGCCGCCGACGUUUUGGGAUCAAGGCCGGCGCAGCGGCCGCGGAUUGCUGCGCAGGCGGAGAAAAACUCAUCCUCGCCGUCUUUGCUUUUCAUGUCUGCUGGUUCCGGCAGGAACGAAGAGCCAGCGGCGCAACAGCACACGGCUACCGCCGAAGCCCCGUCUUCGUCUUCCGCUGCAUCGGCCGCUGGUCGUCUCCCGUUUCCGCGCGGAGUCGUCAAGAAGACCUGGGCGUUUGGGCAGCCACGGCAGGGCGACGACAUCAAGAUUGAGGAAGUCCUCCAGAAGCAGCAGCUCGAGCUGGCCGUGCUGAGCUCAUACCAGUGGGACGUGCGGUGGCUGCUGUCCAAGGUUGACCUGGCGCGCACGAAACUGAUUUUGAUUGCAUUCGCUGCUGACGAGGCGCAUAAGGAAGAGAUGCGCAACGCCGUCCCGCGGGAGAGGAUCCGGUUCUGUUUCCCGCCCAUGCAGCCCGUCGGCUCCAUGCAUUCCAAGCUCCAGCUGCUCAAGUACGAGAAGUACAUGCGGAUCGUCGUGCCCACCGGUAAUCUGAUGUCGUUUGACUGGGGCGAGACCGGUACUAUGGAAAACAUGGUGUUCAUCAUCGACCUGCCCAAGUUCCAAACUGCCGAACAGAGGGAGGCCCAGAAGCUUACCCCAUUUGGCGAAGAGCUGCUGUACUUCUUACGGGCCCAAGGGCUGGACGAGGAGCUUGUGAGCAGCCUGCUCAACUACGACUUUGCUGAGACUUCUCGCUACCAUUUCGUGCACACGAUACCUGGCUCUCAUGCCGCCGAAGACACGUGGCAGCGAAUAGUGAAGACACUUGAUCUCUCUUCUUCCAACCCCAUCGAGCUAGACUAUGUGUGCGCCUCCCUCGGCGCGGUGACCGACAGCCUCCUCGCCGCGCUGUACUAUGCCUGCCAAGGUGAUUCGGGCCUGCAGGAAUACAGCAAGCGGACGGCGAGCGGCAAAACGUACGCGGCAUCGUCCACGGUCAAGGGCGCGGGCACCGUCAGAGAACACGUCCGCGUGUUCUUCCCGUCCCGAGAAACCGUCUUGCAGAGCAAGGGCGGGAAAAAUGGGGCUGGGACCAUCUGCUUCCAGGCCAGGUGGUGGCAAGCGGCGUCGUUUCCCCGUGAGGUCCUGCGCGACUGCGUCUCCGUGCGCAAGGGACUGCUCAUGCACAGCAAGGUGAUCUAUGUGCGGCCUCGGAACGAGGCCGCGAAGGACGCCGCUGUCGGCAGCUGUUUUGCUUAUGUUGGGAGUGCAAAUCUUUCCGAGAGCGCAUGGGGUCGACUUGUCCGCGACCGCGCUACCGGCAAGCCCAAGCUUACAUGUCGUAACUGGGAGUGCGGCGUGCUCGUGAAGUGUGGCGACGCGGGAUCACUGCAGACGGACAACAUGGCCGUGUUCGAGGCGCAUGUUCCAGUCCCGAUGGAGUGGCCUAGUCGGCCGUUUCCCAACGAUCCGGGCCCGCAGGCGUUGAUGACGCCGUGGUUCUACAGUGAAACAUGA